GGAAUCAUAUAGAGGGAAUUUAUCUGUAAAGCAACCGAUUCGCGCGAUGAUCCGCUCAAUAUAAAAAUAAAUUUCUCUCUCUCUCUCUCUCUCUCUCUCUCUUUCGCUUUUCGGUUCUCUCUCGCUUUUCAUCUCUGUCCUUUCAAUGAAUCUGUAGUCGUUAACGCGUCGCAACAACGGCGUCGGCGGUAUAUAGCGACUUCCUCCGGUCCACUGGCUCUGAUGUCUGGUUCUGGACGACGUGCCAGGAAGAGAGCUGCGUUUUGCAAGAUCCGAGAUUUGUCUCGCGCGGCGAGGGAGCCCUCGUCGUGGAUCUAGGCGGACUCUGUCCACCACCGGCGAGCUGCGUAGGCGCGACGUAGUCGCGGACAUUACGUAAAACCGUGGGAAAAAUAAAUUUAAUACGAGGAAAGAAGGAAAACAAAGUGUAGGCGAGACGAAGAGACACGCGAUCUUGUUGCGGGUGUGUGCGCGUCGCGAGAUGAGGAGAUCGUCGUUCGAUAAACUCGCUACUAACGGCAGACGCAACGUUUUGAGUAACGCGUCGUACGGGCACACGAUCAAGGAUGCCGAGUACAGCGUGAGCUACAGCAGCAGCAGCGGCAGCGGAGGCGGAAACUACCUGCAGCGCAGCGUGUCCGCGGACAAUGUUGUGAUCCGCUCGCGCGGUUACAAACCUUCCGACAGGCACGAUCCGGUCAAGAGAAACUUCCUCGAGAAUCUCACGUCGCGAAUACUGCACGUCGAUAUGGAAGGGGAACAGAAGAGCAGUCCGAUUAACUUGCAGAAGCUGCUCACUCCGGCGUCGGAUUCUCACGAGAUAAUGCAGACGAAAAGCAGCAAAAAAAUGUACGCGUCCUCGUAUUUUUACGCGCCGUCGCAUCCAACGGUCGAGGAUCAGGUCGAGCUCGCGCGUCGAAUCUCGCACUCGCUCAGCGACGUGAAAAACGUCAAGAGCAAAGGGCAGAGCAUGUACGUGAACAGAAAGAAGCGAUCCGUCAAGUGGAUUCACGACGGUAACGGAGUCGAGGACGAAGAGGAAUCCAUCACAACGGUUCACAAGGAUAAAUUGCCUCUCAAAUGCGUGAUGAAUCCUUGCGGCAAAGUGCUCGACAUACAAGGCAUUCAGGCGCUGGGCGAGGAGGUCAAUAUCGCACCCGUGCCGAAACAUCCUGAAAAGCUGUUCGAUAUCGUUCGCGAUUUGAACAAUCAGAGAGGACGUGGUGCCGAGAUAUUUGCGAAACGCAGAAAAAGGUCGGAAAAGUGGGUGGUGGAUCAAGAACAGCCACAUACGCCUGUUACACCCGCCACGCCGAAAACCCCGGUGUAUCCCGAAAAAUUGGAAAUUAACGGUAACGCGAUGACGUUCGCGACGCCAUCGUUGACCCCGCACACGCCUGCCCCGAGUAUCGAUAAAUCGUUUUACAAUCCCUUCACAGCGGACAUCUCCCUCAAUAACGCGAAUGUGCCAACAACAGACGGAUGCAGAUCGCACUGCAACGCUAACCGAUGCAGUCACUCGACCGAGGUGAAAAAGAUUUAUCUGCGGGAAAUCGCGGUUGGCACAGACGCUUCCGAUUUCCCUGCGGAACAAUCACUACCGUCCGUCGUCGAGAGGUCCUACCGCAUCGCUUUCGGUUCCCCUAACAUCACUAAUAAUCGCGCGCAUAACAAUAACAACAAAUAUAUUAACAACAACAACAACAACAACAACAGUCAUCAGUCUCCGAGAAAAUCCGUCUUUUGCAACGCGCAGAACAACAACAGUGACGCGAGAGCUCAACAGCGAGUUGGCAAAUACAACAACGCAAUCGGGAACAAGCAACAAAAUGGCACUCAGAAUGACAAUGAGGAAAACGGAUACACUCCUGUGCCGGUGAAGCAGCUGAUACAGGAAUUCGAAAAAACCUGCAGACCGGUUUUGCAAUACAAACAGAUCAGCCCGAAGAUCAUUCCGAUCGUACAGCAGUGUCCGUUGGAUAGCGACAUAGCGCGUUUAUUCGGGACAAGAAAUCCCAAAUACAACAACGAUGAGGAAGAAUACGCACGCGCCCGUGAGAACUACGAAAGAUCCGCGACACUGCAGUCCCAAUACAACAACGGUCAUUUGUACGAGACGCGUGAGAGCUACGAGAGGAAAUUACGAUCGUCUCAGCGCAACGAUCAGCAGUUGUGCAAUGCGCGCGCGAGUUACAUGGGAUCGACGAAGUUGAUGCCGUCCCAAUGCAACGGCUACGUCUCGACCGACGAGAGCGAGUACACGACGGACGAGACGACCGAUUCCUCCGAGGAAAUCGACGAUUAUCCGCGCGAGAUCGCGGGAUCUAUAGAUCGCGGCAGCUCCGCGCCCUCCGCUCUGUUCAACUGCUGCGACAGCAGCGAGUACUCGAUCGCGUUCGACGACGAGUACAACGGGGCGGCGAGUAACCGACGCCGAUCGACCACCUCGCAGGAACUUGAGACCCUGUACGAGGCGAGCAAAGAGGCGGACGCGAGAUUCGUUAACGCAGAGACGGAAAUACCGCCCGAGGCGAAGUCCCUGAUGCUCUCGAUGGUCGCCUCGCAGGAAGACAUACUCGAGACCAAGAAGCAUCUGCGCAGCACCCCGGUCUUGGACAAUCUCGUUGGCACCGCCACGCCGGAGUACAAACUCGAUGACGCUAACCCGGAAUUAGGGAACAAAUUGUACGAGAAUAACAAUUACACGGGACCGAAGGUGGUCAGUCUCCACAAUCUGGCGAACUACAACACGGCGCCACGCGGAUGGAAUCAGUCCUUCACGUUUUACCGACCCAUUAAAUUCGAGAAGCCCCAGGAGAUUAUGUACUCUGAUUUUUGAAUGUGUACAAUUUUGUGUAUCAAAUUUUUUAAUCGCGAUCCCCUUCACACGUUGAUUUCGCAAAAUCGCCUGUCGUCAAAAACCCAAUUCUUCCACGGCAUUGAGAACUCUACAUUGAAAUGUGUUUUUCGCAUUGUGGCAUUAAUUUCUUCACCGGCGUCUCGAAUCACCGGCCUGCUCUAGUCGUUCAGAUAUACCGCCGGCAACGAGGUUGAUCGACGCCGCGCGCGUGUUUGGAGUUUCGUUUUUGCUUGAUGUAUCUCUACCUCUCCCCCUUUCGCCGAGAUAUUAUGUGUUGUUCUUCGUGCUUUUAAAGGUGUUACAUCUUACUUGCAUUUUAUUCUUUAUUAUAUAUAUAUAUAUAUCAUGCAAAUAAAGAUACAUGUUGUUUUCCUAA